CUCUUCUCUCUGCUCUGUUCUUCCUCUUCCUUCUGCUUCUGACCUUCCACUUGUUCUUCUCUUCUCCUACUCUAUUCUUUCUUAAUCCUUCCCCUUCUCUUUUAAAGUUUAAUCCUUCAAUUCUCUUCUCAGUUCAAGCAAUCCUCAACAUCAACUGCCGGAAUAGAUCCAUUCCUCCACCGGGGCAUUACACACAGAUAGUUUCCGCUUUUCCCACUAAAACUCCCACCGAGAGAAUUCGAAUAGACGAGUGAAAAACGAGCAUAUCGCAGUCCUCAAUGGAGAACGCUGAUGUCUUCUUGGGCUUGCACGACUUCCUUGAACGGAUGAAGCAGCCGUCCGCCGCCGAUUUCGUUAAAUCCAUCAAAAGAUAUUCCCCAUCUGAACGCUACUUUCAUCAGUUCCCGGAUGGGUUAACUGUGAACUUCAUUGUUUCAUUUUCGAACAAUGCACCAGAUCCUGAAAGGGAUAGUGCUCUUGUGCAAGGGUUUUUUGGCCAAAUGGAGACUGCUUUCAGGGCUCAUCCACUUUGGGCAGGCUGUAAGGAGGAGGAGUUGGAGAGUGCCGGUGAAGGUCUCGAGAAGUACGUAAUGACAAAGUUAUUUACCCGUGUAUUUGCUUCACUUCCAGAUGAUGUAAAAGCUGAUGAGCAACUCUCUGAGAAGAUGUCUUUGAUUCAACACUUUGUUCGUCCUGAAAAUUUGGAUAUUAAGCCCUCGUUCGAGAAUGAAACAUCUUGGCUGCUUGCGCAGAAAGAACUACAGAAGAUCAAUAUGUGCAAGGCGCCAAGAGAUAAGCUUGUGUGCAUCCUCAACUGCUGCAAGGUCAUAAACCAUUUAUUGCUUAAUGCUUCUAUUGCUUCGAAUGAGAAUCCCCCUGGAGCUGAUGAAUUCCUUCCGGUUCUUAUUUAUGUUACAAUGAGGGCAAAUCCUCCACAGCUGCACUCAAAUUUGUUGUACAUACAGCGGUAUCGGCGUCAAUCCCGGUUGGUGGGGGAAGCAGCAUAUUUUUUCACAAAUAUGCUGUCUGCAGAGUCUUUCAUCUCUAACAUUACCCCAAAAUCUAUCUCAAUGGAAGAAGCCGAGUAUGAAAAGAAUAUGGAUCUGGCUCGAGCACUGGUCUCAACAGGUCCUUCAGCUGAAGAGGUUGUCGCACAAGGUGCAGGUAAUAUUGUCAAACCUGAAUCCAGGCAUCAGUUUUUAAAGGAGAGGAAUUCUUCAGUCCGACCCAGAACUGCAGAGACUAGGUCUAGAACUAUGGAUGCAGAAAGUUCAAAAGAUGUGGUAUCAUCAUUAGAUAAGGUUUCGUCAAUGUUGGAUAUACAGAACAGAGGAGCCGCUCUCAUUUUGAAGGAGGACAGGGCAAAUCACGUUUUUCGAGAGUACCCUUACUUGUAUUCCCAUGUUGGUGAUCUAACAAUCAAUGACGUGGAAGAGUUGUUGAACUCCUACAAACAGCUGGUUUUCAAGUAUGUUUGUGUUUGUAAAGGUCUGGGUAGUGGUGGUGGAGGUGGUGGUGCAUCUCUUCUUUCCAUCUCCGGUGAUCAAGGAAGUGUGCAGAACGAUGUGGAACCCAUGAAGUAUUUUCAAGAGCCUGAAACAGUUGUAGAACAGAGUAAUGAGCACGGGAAACAAAAUGAUAGUUUGAUAGCAGAAUCAAAGCGUCUGGAAGUGGAAAUUGAUCCAACGGCGAGAAAAAAUUAGGGACACAAGCAUGAGAGCCAAGAGGAAAGAGCGGCUCAGGAGUAGAAAUUGGCGAAAAUCUCGGUGACAGCUCAUUGAGAAAUCACUUUCUGGGGAUGAUUUUGAAGUUCUUAACAAACUUCUUCACACAAGGUCGAUAAGAACAUGCGAGAAAGUUAACUAACGUUCGGGGGGGUGUCCAUGCUAUUUGUCUCAUGUGGCGAGUAUAGUUUCAGUAUCAGAUUGAGAUAACAUUUUAUUGUUAGUACAAGCUUUAUGCUAUUAUUGAAUCGCUAUUCGUCGCCCUAGUAUUUAAAUUUUACCGUCCUAAAACCCAUUAAAU